AAAUCGUCCAUCUUCAACUUCUGGAAUACAAAGUCACCAGACGCCACCCGAACUCCCAGGUACUCGAAGACUUCGCAGGGGAUAAAUUCAGAGUUCUUCACUUGAUAUAUUCACAGUGGUUAGUGGAACCAUAGACCUCGCAGCAACGGAAUAUCCUCGGUUUCGGCAUCUACCUGACACGCAUCGCCAUACGAUUACUAGGUAGGCGAUCGCAAAGAAGAUCUCUGCCGGCAGCAUCCUCUUUUUCGUCUGCUCGUCACAACACCACAAACACCCCGAGCAUGAGCGCCAACCGAGCGAAGAAGGUUCCUUUGGACCUCGAAGAAAUUCUCAAGAAGAAGAAGGCCGCCGACGCUGCAUCAUCGAAGCUACGAUUCAUCCCAAAGAAGGAGCGAGAGCGCCAAGCAGCAGAAAAGGCCAAGCAGGAAGAAGAAGAGCGCAAGCGCAAGGCCGUGGAGGAUGCGAAAAAGAAGGCAGAUCUCGAAAGGAAAUGGGCAUCCGAGGCGAACGGCGCGGGCGAUAACAGAGCGCAGAAUGGAUAUGGGAGCAGAGUGCCUACCGGGCCAAAGGCUAUGAAUGGCACGGAAAACGGCAGAGAUGGCCGAGGCGCCGGAGGCCGGGGGAGGGAAAAACCAGAACGGAAGACGACCACGAAGGAUGGCAAGGAGAAGAAGACGGCGGAAGCUAUCGAGGCCGACCUGCUGCGCAACCGAUAUCUCGGACCUGAGGUGAACAAACAGUCCAACUUCUCUGUCAAGAAGAAGCGCAAGAGGGCAACCGAGUUCAAGUUCGAAUGGGACGCGGAAGAAGACACCACACUCGAGAACGACCCGAUGUACGAAUCCAACUCGACAACCCUGAAAUCCUACACAUUCGGCAGUCUGUCUGGCGAGUACACUGAGGAAGCCGAAGAAAUUGCGAGAAGAAGGGCAAGGAUGAUUGAGGAGAGAGACCGCGAAUUCGGAAAGCAACGGGCAAAGGAAUUCAUGGAUGACUUUUACAAAGCACGAGAGAAGGCAAAGGAGCGCGCAGACCGAUCAGGCCUGGGCAAGCACUGGUCGAAGAAGACACUCGAGGACAUGCGAGAGCGCGACUGGAGAAUUUUCAAGGAAGACUUUGGCAUUGCGACAAAGGGUGGCCUCAUCCCCAAUCCGAUGCGCAGCUGGAAAGAGUCAGGGUUGCCGCGAAGGCUACUGGAGAUCGUCGACAGGGUCGGCUACAAGGACCCUUCGCCCAUUCAGAGAGCCGCCAUUCCUAUCGCGAUGCAGGCUCGAGAUCUCAUCGGUGUGGCUGUUACUGGUUCAGGUAAAACUGCAGCGUUUCUUCUGCCGUUGCUGGUCUACAUUUCGGACCUGCCGCCCUUGACGGAAAUCAACAAAAACGACGGCGCGUACGCCCUUAUUCUGGCGCCUACGCGUGAAUUGGUCCAGCAAAUUGAGACGGAAGCGCACAAAUUCGCUGAUCCGCUUGGCUUCAACGUAGUCAGCAUCGUGGGUGGUCACUCGAUGGAGGAACAGGUGCAUGCAUUGGGCAAAGGUGCCGAGAUUAUCGUCGCAACUCCCGGUCGUCUGGUUGAUUGCAUCGAAAGACGCGUCCUUGUCCUGUCUCAAUGCUGCUACGUCAUCAUGGAUGAAGCAGAUCGGAUGAUCGAUCUCGGUUUCGAGGAGUCGGUGAACAAGAUUCUCGAUGCCCUCCCGGUGACCAACGAGAAGCCCGACACGGAUGAUGCGGAAAAUGCGACCUUGAUGAAGAGUUAUCUCGGCGCCAGGGAUAGGUACAGACAGACGAUGAUGUACACGGCCACGAUGCCGCCAACUGUCGAGAAAAUUGCGAGAAAGUACCUCCGGCGCCCGGCCAUCGUCACAAUCGGUAAUGCUGGCGAGGCCGUCGACACGGUUGAGCAAAGGGUCGAGAUGGUGUCCGGCGAGGACAAGAAAAAGAAGCGACUGCAGGAGAUCCUUGCCGCUGGAGAAUUUGCCCCGCCUAUCAUCGUAUUCGUCAACAUCAAGCGCAAUUGCGACGCUGUCGCGCGAGACGUCAAGCAGAUGGGUUACUCUGCAGUUACGCUACACGGAAGCAAGACGCAGGAGCAGAGAGAGGCGGCGCUGGCGUCGGUUCGCAACGGGCAGACGCAGGUUCUCGUGGCAACGGACCUAGCAGGAAGAGGUAUCGACGUGCCAGACGUCAGUCUCGUCAUCAACUUCAACAUGGCGACGAGCAUCGAGAGCUACACGCAUCGUAUCGGUCGUACGGGUCGUGCGGGCAAGAGCGGUGUUGCCAUCACGUUCUUGGGCAACGAGGAUGCGGACCUCUUCUACGACCUGAAGCAGAUGCUUUCCAAGAGCUCCAUCUCGCGUGUGCCCGAGGAGCUUCGGCGGCACGAGGCCGCGCAGCAGAAACCCACACGAGGGCACAAGAGGGCCGGUGGAGAGGAGCAGCAGUCGUCAGGCAAGGGGGGUCAGUGGGGCGCCUAAUGUAGGGUAAUGGGUGACGGUAGCAUGGCGAGUGGAUGAGAAAGAGACUGAAUAGAUGAAAGUGGACUAGGUCCGGCCUCAUAGAUUAUCGUGAUAAUCUGAUCUGAUAAAAAUUUUAUGUCCGAGCC